AUGCUUCCACUUAUUCUUGCUAUCAGAAGACCCAUCACACGUCAACAAUUGAGGGGUACUGAGACUAAUGCCACAUUUGAUCAAUUAAUCGAUCACAAUCAUUCAGAAACAGGAACAUUCAAACAAAAAUUUGUUAUCAACAACCAAUACGGCGGCCCAGAUUCUCCAAUCAUCCUUGAAAUCAGUGGUGAAAGCGAUGGCUACUAUGUUGGUGGUGUUGGCGAUUUCGAAGAAACACUUGCAAAAGAAUUUAACUGCACAGUUGUCACACUUCAGCACCGUUUCUAUGGCGAAUCAUAUCCAUUCGAAGAAUCAACAACAGAAAAUCUCCAAUAUCUCUCCGUCGAACAAGCUGUUGAAGAUAUUUCAUAUUUCGUCGAUUAUUACAAGAAGACAUACAAAGCGGAUAAGAACAAAUGGCUUCUUUAUGGUGGCUCAUAUCCGGGCCUCUUAUCCGCAUACACAAAGAGCAAAUUCGAUUCUAAAUUUGCAGGUGCCAUUUCAUCCUCAGGUGUUGUCUUAGCUCAGAAGGAAUUCACAGACUUCGACAAGCAGAUCGAAAUCUCCCUUGGUCACCAGUGCGCUGCUGCUUGCAGAACAGCUCGUCGCCACAUUGAUACUCUUCUUGAGACAGAAGAAGGCACACAGUACGUUCUCAACCUCUUCAACGCCAAUGGUGUUGAACCAGAUAUCUUCCGUUUCGUUGUUGGCGAAUUAUUCUCUAUCGCCCCACAAUACGGCCAUCGUGAAGCCCUUUGCGGUCCAAUGGAAGGUUCUCUUAUCACAGGCAAGGAUCCAAUGCUCGUUCUUGCCGAAUUCAACAACAACUUCUUCAUUCCGAAUUUCAUCGGCAAAUCCACAAUCGCAAACGAAUAUUCUACAGCAUCCCUCAAGGAUACAAAGAACAAGGCUGCUCGCAGCUGGCUCUGGCAGACCUGCUCUCAGCUCGGAUGGUGGCAAGUCGGUGCUGGAAAGACUUCUCUCCGUUCUCCACUUUUAACAACAGAAACAUUCGCUAAACAGUGCAACGACGUUUUCGGACUUACAGAUGAACCAGAUACAGACGCUUUCAACGCAAAAUGGGGCGGAUUAGAUCAGACCGCUACAAACAUCGUUUACUUGACUGGUUCUCAGGAUCCAUGGACACCAGUCUGCAUCACCGACGAAAAGGUUCCAAACGAAAAUGCUGCAGCCCACACAAUGACAGGACCAAACGUCGGACACUGCACAGACUACCACCUUCCAAGUAACAACGACCCAGCCGAUGUCAAGAGAACAAGGCAGAUGGUUAUCUCCCUCGUUAAGAAAUGGCUCGGCCUUUAA